AUGAGGUCAAAUCGGAAAACUCCCAAGAAAUUGGAAGAAAAGAAGAGGAAAGAUCACUUGGGGUUUGACGCCCCAAAGCACUUCAAGAAGAAGUUUAACAAUCACAAUUUCACUCCACUUAAUGCCAACAUUUCCAAGGUCUUGAUGGAGAUCAAGAAAGAUUUGAAAUAUCGAAGACCUCCCGGGGCACCACAAAAUCAGAUUUCAAAUCGCUAUUGCGAGUUCUAUGAGGUCAAUGGGCAUUACACAGAAGGUUGCAUUGCCUUGACUCUAAGUAGGUAUCCUCGGGAGGAGAGAGCGAGAUGGGAGGAGCCUAGAGGAAGGCCAGCUCGCCUAAUCCAUGAACCCCAGAACAAAGCUAACAUCCCAGAAAUCCACACCAUAAUUGGUGGAUUCCCCGGAGGGGGAGAGUCAGGAAGGGCAAGGAAGGCCUACGCCCAUCAAUUGGAAAGCUCUCAUGAAGUCUACACUAUAGGAAGACCCAUGAAGCAGUCCCGAAGGAGUGAGAUGAUAAUUGGAUUCUCGGAUGCAGAUUACGUGGAUAUAUUGCACCCAAACACAGACACUUUGGUUGUCACCCUAACAGUGGCAAAUCAUAAUGUCCAUCACAUCCUGGUGGAUAACAGGAGCUCGGUAGACAUCCUAUAUUGGUAUGCAUUUAAAAAUCUAAAUCUGGGACAGGAGAAAAUCAUCCCAACUAGCUGCCCCUUGAUGGGAUUCACAGGGGAACAAUUUCAAUUGGUCGAAUCAAUCGAGCUACUGGUCAUAGCCGGAUCAUACCCGAGGCAGGUGAUGGUGAUGGUACGUUUUCUGUUGGUCAACCGACCAUCCGCCUACAAUGCUAUUAUCGGGAGAACGACUCUUAAUAAACUAAGAGCCAUCACGUCAACUCCGCAUCUCAAGAUGAAAUUCCCAAUGGAUCAUGGAGUUGGAGAAGUAAGGGGCGAUCAACGAGCUGCUCGACAAUGCUACAACAUCUCUAUGAAAGAAUGCCCGAGGACUCUGGCCCCUAGGAGCACAAGUAAGGAGGAAAGAUAG